GUAUUAAUCAGCAAGAUGGUAUAUUACUUACAAAUGAGAUGACACAUGGGUGAACAAGUAUAUCUGCUAAAUGAGGUAGUGAGGAGCAAAAAUAGGGUCCUCUUGACUGGUUCUCCUUAAUCAUCAACAUAGGCUCUAAAUCAAAAUUUUCUCUUUCAGAUUUUCAGACACUGAUCCACCUCACCUGAGUCUCCGAUUUCCCUUUUUUUCUGGGUUUUCUAAUGUUCUUCAGAUAGGGAUAAGGAGAAAGACAGGGAGAGAAAAUUAUACAUUGAAAAAGAAAAAGGGACAUACAUAUAUAGAGUGUAACAUAAGAAAGUGUAAUUAUAAACAUAAAAAUGUGGGUGUUUUAUAUGUUCUCAUUACCUCUCACUAUUGGCAUGGUGAUUUUUACUUUGAGAUAUUUCUCUGGACCUGAUGUGCCUGCAUAUGUGUUCUUCACGGUGGCAUACACAUGGUUCUGCUCCCUCUCCAUCAUCAUCCUCGUCCCUGCUGACAUAUGGACGACACUAAAUUGGGAUGUAAGCGGAGCGAUAUCCGUCUUAUGGAGUUUGUCAUAUUGGAGUACCUUCUUACUUACAUGGGUUGUGGUUCCCACUAUUCAGGGUUAUGAAGAUGCUGGAGACUUCACAGUCAAAGCCAGAUUGAAGACCAGCUUGCAUGGAAACCUUGUUUUCUAUCUAUCUGUUGGGUCUGUAGGACUUUUCGGAUUGAUAUUACUAAUUUCUCUACACAAGGAUUGGAGUGGUAAUAUAAUGGGGUUUGCCAUGGCUUGUUCUAACACAUUUGGACUGGUUACCGGUGCAUUUCUACUUGGAUUUGGUUUGAGUGAAAUUCCAAAGGGCAUUUGGUUCAAUGCAGAUUGGACUACUCAGCAAAAAAUUCUUUCCCACAAAGUUGCAAAAAUGGCAGUCAAAUUGGAUGAUGCUCAUCAAGAUUUUUCAAAUGCUAUUGUUAUCACACAGGCAACAUCAAAGCAAAUGUCGAAGCGAGAUUCUUUGAGACCCUACAUGAAUAUAAUUGACAAAAUGUUGGUUGAGAUGUUGAAGGAAGACCCCUCCUUCAAACCGCAGGGUGGGAGACUAGGAGAAAGUGACAUGGACUAUGAUACAGAUGAGAAAUCAAUGGCAGCGUUAAGGCGUCAUCUUAGAAGAGCUCGUGAGCAGUAUUAUCGAUAUAGAAGUGAAUAUACAAAAUUUGUCAUAGAUGCCCUUGAGCUGGAGGAUACCAUAAAGAAUUAUGAGCGUCGGGAUUCUACAGGAUGGAAAUAUAUGUCAUGCUUGAGGCCUGAACGAACAGGAAAAGUAGGUGCACUUUUGGAUACAAUUGAGUUUCUAUGGCGAUGUGUAUUAAGGAAACAGCUUGAGAAAUCAUUGGCUGUUAUAUUGGGUUGCAUCUCAUGUGCAAUUCUAUUAGCAGAGGCUACCAUACCCAGUGGGGUUGAUUUAUCCCUUUUCUCUAUCCUAGUACAUGCUGGAGGCAAGCAUGAGGUGCUAGUGCAGUUAGCUGCUUUCAUCCCCUUGAUGUAUAUGUGUGUCUGCACGUAUUUUUCCUUGUUUAAAAUGGGAACGAUGAUGUUUUACUCACUAACACCAAGACAAACUAGCUCAGUUAGCUUGCUUAUGAUAUGCUCGAUGGUUGCAAGAUAUGCAGCACCAAUUUCGUACAAUUUUCUCAAUCUCAUUAAUCUUGGUGGAGAUAGGAAAACCAUUUUUGAAAAGAGGAUGGGAAACAUUGAUGAUGCUGUUCCUUUUUUUGGGAAAGGUUUUAACAAAAUUUACCCUGUCAUCAUGGUUAUAUACACCUCACUAAUAGCUGGCAAUUUUUUUAACCGUGUCAUCACUUAUUGUGGGAAUUGGAGAAUAUUCAAGUUUAGUGAUGAUGCAGAAGAUAUGGAUGGAUUUGACCCAUCUGGAGUAAUAAUUUUGCAGAGAGAGCGUUCUCUUAUCCAGCAAGGGCACAAAGUCGGUGAGCUUGUUUUUCCUUUAGCUAGGAGUUUCAGCAUGAGUGUGGAUGUUGAGUCUGCCAGCGGGACUGCCAUGGUUCUGGAUGAGAGUAUCAAUACCAACUUGGUGGAGGCCGAGAAUGAAGGAACUCAGAGUGAAUUGAGCAGAAAAAUAAGCAGCAGAAAGUAUGCAGCAUUAAGACCAAACUUGAAUGAGGAGGAUUCAAGUAAAGAUUUGAAUCAGGAAGGAGUUUCUUCCUCCUUAACAAAUGAUGCUAGUAGUUCUCAGAACAUUACUUCGCCGCCAUCAUCUGCAUUAGCCUCAAAAUGGACAUCAAUGAUGCACGGAUUGAAAAGCUUUAGAUCUAACAUGGACUCCAAUAGGUUCAUUCCUCUUGGUAAUGCUCAGACAUCUACUCACUCACACCCUUCAUCUGAAUCCCUUGAUGACAUAUUUGAGAGAUUGAAACUUCCUCCUUCAGAACACAGAGAUUCUGGAGACUAGAAUGAUCAUGGGGUGGACUUCAAUUACAUGGUGAUUGCAAGAUAAACUGAACGAAAACUCUUCCUACCGAUUAAAGUGUUAUCGUGAGGAAAGAAGUGUGAUCUGAGGAUAGAUUUAUGCAGAACUAUAUGAACAGGUCUCACAUUGUGAUCAUCAUUCAUCACCAAGUGUGAGAUUUCUGUUUGUUGGUUCUGCAGAAUAAAACAAGUAGAAUUUGGACA